AUGGACGGGAGCAAGUGGUUGCUGCUGGCGUCCGUGGCUCUCUUCCUCACUCAGGGGGGCUGCGACACCAUAUUCCUGGAUUUGAACCCACCAACGAACGAGGAGUUGAACUUCAUGAAGAGGUAUGGAUACUUGGAAGUGGUCGCCGGAGGCAUUGACCUCGCCUACACGCCGGACUCAAUCUCCGAGGCGGUGAGGAAGAUGCAACGUUUCGCUGGGCUCCCGCCCACCGGGAAUCUAGACGAGCAGACGAGGAAGCUGUUUAAGAAGAAGCGUUGCGGCGUCAAGGAUAUUGGUGUACCGAAGCGGAAUAGAAGGUACAUCCUGCAACAGGGGUGGGGGAAGAAAACCAUUACGUACAGGGUGCUGAACGGUUCGAGCACCCUGGAGAUAGGGCGGGUCCGGUCGCUGAUGGCCGAGGGCCUGGCGGUGUGGGCCCCUCACGGGGGGCUGCGCUUCGUGCAGCUGGAAGACGGGCACGCGGACAUCCAGGUCUCCUUCGCCAGCAUGGACCACGGAGACGGGUUUCCUUUUGACGGGCCAGGUCGCGUGGUCGCGCACGCGUUCCCCCCGCCCCACGGCGCGAUGCACUUCGACGACGACGAGCUGUGGACGGACGGGCCCGGCGACGGGGGGGAGGGGGGCGACGAUGACGUCACCGACUUCUUCGCCGUCGCCGUGCACGAGAUCGGCCACGCGCUAGGGCUGUCCCACUCCGACGUGAGGGCGUCAGUGAUGUACCCCUACUACCAGGUGCCCGUCGAGAGGCUGCACACGGACGACAUACUCGGCAUGCAGGCGCUGUACCUGAACGAGGCCGGGGGCUCCGGCGAGGCCACGGAGGCCGCCGCAGGCCGCUCCUCAUCCGCGCCGCGCUUCACGAAGGCCGGCGACAGCGAGGAGGACCUGCCCGACCUCUGCUUCACCAACUACAACACCAUGCAGGUCAUACAGGGCAAGAUUUACGUCUUCGAGGAGGAGGAGUGGGUGUGGGUCCUGUCGGAGAGGCAGCGCAUCGAGCCCGGCUACCCGCGCCGCAUACACGACGUGUUCGUCGGCCUGCCGAAGCACAUCAACUCCACGCACACCAUUUACGAGAAGAUGAACGGCCACAUCGUCGUCUUCUCCGGGCGCAGCUACUGGGAGUUCAGCGCGCGAUUCCGGCUGGUGAGGCGCGGCCGCCUCGCCGAGUAUGGGCUGCCGCGGCGCGUGCGCGAGCUGGCCGCCGCCUUCGUGUCCAACUACAACAACAAGACCUACCUGAUGGAGGAGGAGCGCUUCUGGCGCUACGACGAGCGCCGCUCGGCCAUGGACCGGGGGUACCCGAAGCCGAUGUCCGCCUGGCGGAGGGUGCCGUACCCGGUCAACGCCGCCUUGGUCUGGAAGGGGGAUACGUUUUUCUUCCGCGGCCCUCGGUUCUGGCGCUUCGACAACACCUUAGUGCAGGCGCACGCGUACUACCCGCUGCCCACCGCUCAGAUCUGGUUCCCCUGCGAGCCCACGCCCGAGAUGAGCAAAUACGUCACCAACGAUGAGCCG